UAACUUUUUUUUCCCUUUUAGGUGCAAUUGCUGUUUACUUCCUGAUUGCCUACACAUUGACUGUCACAGUGUAGAGUAUUAAGUUUCUUUUUUUUGAUAAUUGCACAGUAACAUUAAUCUUGAGACGCAACAUGGCGGGUAAUGGAACACAUGGUAGGGGGAGAGGACAGGUGACGUUCAGCCCAGUAUCGCCUGUUGGCCGUGGCAGAGCCAAAUUUCUAUUUUCUUCUGAUUCAUCCACUCCUAAACCAGUUUUCGAUGAUCUAGCUGCUAAUGAAAACAUUAGAGACCCCACAAAGUUUUUCCCCCACUUAAGGAUUAAACAGUGAGGGCAAAACAGAGGAAUUUCUGGCAGGCAUAGCAUCCCAAAUUGGUCUCUCCAUAGGAGAAAGCAUAGCAUCUUGCAUUGAGUCACGUUUAGGCUGUGGGACAACUGGGGUUUUGAGAAACGCUCCUAUAGAUCCGUCUCUGCUGAAUGUAAUAGUUAGGUCAGACAUCACAGAGCCAGUAAGUUUUAAAGGGGACAGCCAUGACACCCAUACUGUUCAAGAGUGGGAGGCGGUGAUGUUGGCUUACUUGAAGAAGGGUGUUCCCGUGGCUGAACAAGCUGAUGAAGUGUUGAGUAAGAUCUGUGGAAGGGCACGUGAGGUGGUUAAAGUAGGCAUACGGAGUAAUCCAAGCCUGAAACUAAGCACAGGCCCAGGUCCCAUCUUUGAAAUACUAAAGCAGCACUUUAGUGACACAGUUUCAUCUGGGAUGCCUCUAGCAGAUUUCUAUGCCACAUUGCCGACCCCAAAUGAACGCCCUUUUGACUGCUGGUUGAGACUUAAUAGAGCUAUGGAGGUGACAGAAGACUGCCUAAAGAGACAAAAUAAGACAUUUGACAACCUGUGCCUUGACCUUACUGCCAUGUUCAUCCGCCAUUGCCCCGACCCUGAACUAUCUCUCUUAUUCAAGUGCAAGCCACUACAGCAAUGGACGGCCACUGAUGUACAUGAAAAGCUUGUUGAGCAUAGUAGGGACCGGAGGCAGGUGUCCCAGCUGAGAGGGGCUACGGCGAUAACUGCCCAGCAGCAGGAAGCGAAGGCCCACACAUGCAGUGUGAAACCUGUCACUGAACAUGUUUUAGCCUCACCGCCGACUCAGGGGAGAGAUGGAGCAGCUGACCGCCUUGACCACCUAAUCACAAUGCUGGAGCGGGUGCUACAACACGGGCCACUUCAGCCUGGACCCGUUAGUAGGAAGGAUGUGAGAAAUCAGCCAAGCCAUAAAGCCAGGGUCAGACAUACAGUGUCUUGUAACGUCUGUGGGGAUGUUGAACACACCACUCACCAGCACUUUCUACUUCUUCAAAACAUACAAAGACUGAAACCCCAUUGUUAUGGGAAAAAUUGUGUCUUCCUUACUUCUAUGCAGUUAUUAUAUGAUUUAUGACUUAUGUUCUGCAAUUAAUAUCUUAUGUUUUGUCUUACUGUAUGCAUUUGACAUUUGACCUACAUUGUUCAAUGGUUGUCUCUGCCUGAUAGACUCUCAACUCUAGCUCCCAAACCCAAGGUCGGGGAGUUGUGUCUCUGUCUGUUGAGACUUGGUGCUCCUUUCUCACAGAUAGUUGGACGUCAGCAAUGCAGGUGUGAGAAUGUAAAUAUCUUCACACACACUGCGACAGGGAGGAGAUGGUGCAUGUAAUUUGAUUGGGUUAGAAAGACAUUCCACCCUAGUCGGACAGAGAAGCUAAAAGGCAGAAGCAACUUGAGGAUCGUGGGCUCUUUGCAUCACACCUUCGUGGUGUGUGCACUGAUCUCCCCAGCUGGUUUUUGGUUUGUUGAUGUGCACGAUCAACAUCCAUGCUUUUUAUUUGCUUUCCCCAUUAUUUUUAUUUUCUUUAUUAUUUCAAUAAAUCGCACAAAAGGACAACUCUCUCAUCUGCUUCUUUAUGGAAAAUUUCCACCACAGAAAUUGGCGUUGUCGGCAGGAUCCCGCUGCAGGUCGUCUGGACGGUGUGACCAGGGACGAUAGUCCUGAGGACUAGGGUUGCUCAGCCUCCAAACCUCUACAGACAUUCAGAGCUGGGAGGACUGCUCACCCGUCUGGAUCGCCUCUGACGAGAUCCACGAACUCAGAUUUAAACUCAAAUCCUAAUUUGGCUCGGCUCGGUGAGAGAGAUUCCUUUGAUUGGAACUUUUAUUUUUAAUUUAGCUGAAACAUUUCAAUUGGUUGAAAAAAAAAGGAAAGAAAUCGUCUGUUUGGUUGAAACACUAAAUUUGAUUAGGAAAAUUAAUUAGAUCGAGAAAAAAGAAAAAAAAUCCCAAUAUUACAUGUUCUUAAUUAGGUCAAAGUCUGCCCUGGUGGCCGAGACGGUGGUUGCUAAGGGUUGGCUCGUGGGACCGAGCUUGUUUUGUCUGUACUGAGGAUACAGACCAGUGUGCAGAUCUGAGCGCAGUCCAGAGGGAGUGGACAAGGAAAUAAAAGACGGCUUCUGUAAGACGGAGCGCGUUUGCAGGGGGAAGUGGUUUUGAGAUACGAGGGACCCGGGUCUUAGAGGGGCCUGACGGUGAGGGACCACUUCCGAGAACCCUGUCGCUGAUCUGAGCGGUUCCCUUUCUACGGAGACGUCCGUGGAAGAGAAAUUUCGAAAAAAGGUUCCGGCCGGAACACAUAAAAAUCUAAGACAGAAAACCGCCGGGACUCUGAAAGAUGGGUUCGGGGCGAUCUAAGUCUCCACCACCAGACUGCAGCAUUACAAAAUUAAUGAGACGUAAAUAUGGUGAUGAGUGCGUGUCACGUCUUCACGACUGGACAAAACAUUAUGGGUUUCAAGAAGGUGGAUCACUCAGUGUGAAGGACAUACGCACCUUAAAAGAAAAGUUAGAUACAAAAGAUGAGAUUUGAAAAAGCAAAACUAUCAAAACUAAAGCCCUAAAAGAAACAAAAGAGUGAUGAGAGUAACAGAAACAAAGGAGAUAACAACUCUGGGGAAGAAUUGUUUGCACUCGCCACACACACACACACACACACACACACACACACACACACACACACACACACACACACACACACACACACACACACAUACACCACACACACACAUGUCAUGUCAAGAGCAAAUGCUCCCAUUGUUUCUGCUCUCUAUUCUAAUGCAGAACUGAGCGCGAUGAGGGUAAAUCCGGAUCUGGACUCCUUUCCCACCAUCAGCAGAAGAACCGAAGGAGAAGAAGCGCCAACCAACAACCAGAACAGGGUUGAAGCUCUGACACCACAGCAGCUGGAGGACACAGACCACAGCAUGGACGCCUCACAGACUCCACAACGUCUGCAGCCAUCACGUUCUGGGCUCAUCAGAUGAACCAGCUACUACAAGCGUGUGUGUCUGACACAGACACCUGCUUAUGACAAUCAGCAAAGGAAAACAAGGACAGAGCAACAGCAGAGAAGACGUGCUCUGACACAGACACUGGUUGAAACAACAGGAGAGGCUUCAGACGUGAUCGGCCCAAAAGAGCUGCAUCUGAGGAUCCAGGAAAGGUCUGUCAUCGAGGAACAACUGUCCCAUUGAAAGGCUUCACCCACUGGCGCUCACAUCAGACUGAUGGUUGGGGAAGGAGGAAGGUGACGGUUCCUUUUCACGUGACGUACAAGACGGUACCGCAAACACACACACAUUCAUACACGCAAUGAAGAAACACGCUUACAGCUGAUACACGCUCAAAUUCAUGUUCAUGCUUAUCUGCUUGCAAUGAAGAAUAGCUUUUUGCUCAAAAAAUCCCACAGAGUGAUUUUAAAAUGAUGACAAACCGCUAAAUGACAACUGCUGCAUGACUUUGCAGUCUGAUGGGUUUAAACAAUUUCAAUUUACAACAACUCCAGUAAUAAAAUCCUUCAUGUUUCUAAAAAAGAUUUGUGCACAAUAUAGGUUUGUCUGGCCAGACUGUAGGAAAACAAAAACAAAACCAGACUAUAGGAAGACUGAAACUGACUGAAACAGACUAUAAAUGACUAUUAAAGGGAAGACGACUAUUAGAGAGAAGUAAUAAUAAUUACUGUACGUACCAGACAAUAAAAGAAAAACUUACUGUGCCUCUGUCUUGCACGACAUCAGACGGCAAGACACUCAUUUUUGCUUUCAAACUUAUGCCCAGUAAAUCUAUUAGGAAGAGAUCUCAUGUGUAGUUUAGGUAUUUCACUGAUUUCCAAUCCGGAGGGAGUGCAGGUCACAACCACGGACAAUGUAAAUAAUUAUUCCUUUGUUUGUGUUAAUUUCAGCUCAGAGCCGCUGCUCUACUCUUAUCAGUGGCUGCUGAAGGGAGAGGCUGUAACUGAGGCCCUCAUACAGGCUGCUCGACAGCUUGUUUCCUCACAGAAUACGACCUUUAGAGACGCAUCUGACCUGUCUUGUACAGCACAUGUGUCCACUGGUCCUGAUGAGGAGUUUGAAAAAUCAUGGUUACACACACAUGCGGACAAACUGACCUCAACCUCUCUAUUCUGGGAUGAACAUAGGUCUGCGCUUGCGAUUUCUCUCACUAACGAACAAGAGAGAUUUGUUGAUGCUUAUUCUACAGAUCCACAUGUCCUUCUGUCAAAACAUGACGGAGACAGAUGGCAGGACUUGGGUCCUUUCGUGGACAGAUGUCAACGGGAAGGAGACUGGCAAACGACUUCCGACCCGAAUGUGAUGUAUUCACCUACUUUGCAUGCUUACAAAAAACUUUUUCAGUCUAUCUUUCAUGCGCAGCGUACAGUGCACUUGGUACCACAACAUUCCACACACACUCCACACCACGUGUUUUUGUCGGAGGACGCUCUGACGCAGUAUCCAGCCUUACAGGAAGUUCCAGCUUCCCUGUGGGCCACACACAAAUAUGAUGUAGGUUUGAUCAAAGGGUGUGACCCAGUGGUCAUCACGCCAAAAUCUGACUACAGACCAUGCAAACAGCAAUACCCUUUAAAGAGAGAAGCAAUUGAAGGAAUAACACCGGUGUUUAACUCUCUUUUGAAAGCAGGAGUCGUCGUCCCAUGUGACAACUCUCCAGUGAGGACUCCACUCUUCCCAGUUAAGAAAAUCAGAAACAAAGGACAGCCAACAGAAUGGAGGUUCGUCCAGGAUCUGCAAGCAGUAAAUGCGGCGGUCCAACCACGCGCACCUACGGUACCGAACCCCUACACCAUUCUUUCUCAGGUUCCGCCCAAGGCUAAAUUUUUUUCAGUAAUUGAUUUGGCCAAUGCUUUUUUCAGCGUGCCCAUCCACAAAGACAGUCAAUUCUGUUUUGCUUUUGAAUUCAACGGAAAGUCAUACACUUUUACCAGACUGUGCCAGGGGUAUUCAGAAAGCCCUACCAUCUACAAUAUGGCACUGAAAGACAGCCUGGAUGAUCUUGUCUUGUCCCCAGGCACCGCCCUGCUGCAGUACGUUGACGACUUGAUGAUCUGCACUGAGGAUCAGGAAACUUGCGCAGCAGACACGAUCAAGCUGCUGAAACACCUGCAUGCUGCUGGACACAAAGCAAGUCUGUCUAAAUUACAGUUUGUGCGGACGGAAGUUACCUUCUUAGGUCACAUCAUUACCGCGGAAGGAAAAUCCAUUUCACCUAAAAGAGCUGAAGCUAUUCAGAACCUGCCUAAACCGUGCACAUACAAACAGCUUAUGUCCUUUUUAGGCAUGUGCUCUUAUUGCAGGAAUUUCAUUCCUAACUGCGCCGUCUUGGAGGCUCCGCUUAGAGCUCUGAUGCAGACGUCUUCUGCAUCCACCACCCGCCUCACGUGGACAUCUGAGGCUGAACAGGCGUUCACCGACCUCAAACUAGCUCUUCAGUCGGCUCCUACUUUGGGUCUGCCUGACCCUACGCGACCUUUGACCCAAAUAGUGGAUGAGAAAUCAGGUUGUAUGACCUCUGUCCUUCUACAGGAUCACGGAGGGCGUCCACGCCCUGUAGCCUAUUUCUCUGCUAAGCUUGACCCAGUCGCUGCGGGGCUCCCACGAUGCCUCCGAGCAGUGGCUGCGGCAGAGAAAGCCGUGCUGGCAUCACGUGACAUUAUUGGCUAUUCUGAUGUCACCCUGCUGGUUCCUCAUGCCGUGUCUUUGAUCCUUUUGGAACAAAAAACAUCACAUCUUUCUACAGCCCGAUGGCUUAGAUACAACACUAUCUUACUGGAAAUGCCAAACAUCACUGUCAAAAGGUGCAAUGUGCUUAACCCAGCCACUUUGUUUCCAGGCCCUGACGAUGGCGAGCCUCACAACUGUGUUUCGGUGUUGAACCAGGUCUGCACUCCGCGCUCAGAUCUGUCGGAGGUGCCAAUUCCUAACUGUGACCUCGUUCUCUUUGUUGAUGGCUCCGCCUCUAGAGACCCUGCUUCGGGCCGCUGUCAGGUGAAAGCGGCUCUGCCCAAACAGGCGACAGAACCACUGCACAUCAUUCAACCAGGAGACUGGGUGAUCAUUAAGGAGCUUCGCAGGAAGCACUGGAACUCAAAGCGGUGGCAAGGUCCCUUCCAAGUCCUUCUGACGACCAACACGGCUGUGAAGAUCGCAGAAAGAGCGACUUGGAUCCACUCCAGCCACUGCAGGAAGGUCCCGGAUCCGACAGACGACCCUCCAUCUACAUCUACACCACACGAGAAAACCACCACUGACGAAAAGAACUGAGAAGGACGACCCUCGCUGUGCUCACACAUGCACUGAGGCGAGGCUGCGUUGACCGUUCAGCUGAAGGUGUGAGCCAAGCGCCGCCUGAAGCUGCGCCGGUGAAUCACACUAUCAGACCAAACAUCUACACACACGCUCCUGAGAAAACACACACACGAGCAGCCUUGAGUUGCCGACGCUGGACGACGUGUAGACUCUUCACAUCACGGGAGUGACAGUGACUCGGACGACAUUGGAAGGAAACCUGGAGGUGAUAACGAAUCCCAGGUGUCUCUGUGAUCAGCUGAUCACAACCUGAAGAACUCCAAAGAACUGUCAAGGUGUCAACAAACAGGUUGGAAACAAUCUAACGCUACUGUUCAACAGGAAGAAGAAGACAUUGAUUGUGACCCUGUUGUUUUUGAUAUGUUACUCUAAUAUUUGCUCUAAAUUAUGUGAUUGAUUUACAUGUAUACCUCUCUGUGAUUUUCAUCCAAUAUUCUUAAACAAAGCAUUUUAUGCUCCCACUUGAUUCACACUUUCACACAAAUUUUAAUCUUCCACUGACACAAAAUGACAUUCACCAGACGAAACACGAUAAAAAUGAUUGUCAUAUCAACCAUUGCGGUGACAUGUGUGACCUUCCCGUACUUCUGGAGAACUCGCACAUUUGUUCACUAUAGAUCCAAACGCGACAUUAAGGACCCUAAAGCCUGGCAGCUUGCCCAAAACUACGUAAAUCAGAACCCCACAGGGAACUUAUGGUUAGCGUACCUCAAGUACACUUCUAAAACCCUCACAAACAAUUCAUGUGUAGCAUGUGCUGUCGCCAGACCCGAUCUCAUGGCUGUGCCCACUCCCUUUAACAGCAGUGAAUGUUACAACGAGCGACAACUGCACAAUAAAGACACCGGGUGUAGAUACACUGCGGACCCAAGCAUUCCAAGAUGUGAUCCGUCUUGCAAAAUGCGCGCCUUGCACAAUCUGGGCAAGGGUAUGGAGAUGUACAGUCCCGUCACACAUAAGAAAGUUAAGGUGGCCGACAUCAAGGUAACGAAAAAGGAGCCCGCGGCUCCCUUGUAUUACACGGUGUGUACCACGUGUCAGUUUGAAUGCUUCACCUCCAGCCUCGACGGAGGAAUAGAUGUAGGCCACUUUCCCAAUUGUCACCUGACGUGGGACGUCUCCAACGCACACGGACUUAACCCUGAAGACCAUGUGAUCCGGUUUGCGAUUCCAACUCACACCGAUGCUGCCCCUUUACCCUCAUAUACAUAUAGGAUCAAUAAUGUCUCACACAUUGCCCCAUCCUCCACCGACUUAGUCCAGCAAAGGAAGCCCUUGUCCGACAUGUGGUGGCUCUGUGGGGAUCACCCCAGGGCCACCUUACCAACCAAUUGGACCGGCACCUGUACUCAGGUAGUGUUCCUCACAGGGGGAAUACACCUUUUGCCCUCAGCUCCACAGAAACACUCACGCACCAGACGCAGGGCUCCAGGAGGUUCCUUGGAUCCUGACCUUUACAUAGAUGCAAUAGGCGUACCACAAGGAGUGCCGGAGGAGUUUAAGGCUCGCAACGAGCAUGCGGCGGGGUGGACGAGUGCUAUACCCUUUAUGGGCCCCAUAAUAGAGGUUAACAAGAAUUCGGCCUGGAUCAACUACCUUUAUUACAAUCAACAGCGUUUCAUCAACAAAACUGCGGGUGGUAUGAGAGGCAUGUCCGGGCAGCUGGCUCCUACGUCUCAGAUGACUUGGCAGAAUAGAAUGGCCCUGGACAUGUUGCUAGCGGAGAAAGGAGGUGUC